GAAAUUCACGGGAAUGCGUUGGUUUAGACGUUUAUACUGGGCGAUAUCAAGUGAAAUACUUACUAUCAAGGGUGUUAUUAGUAUUAUCUACCAUAAUCAUGAUUUUGAACAAAAGGAUAAUGCAUUAGUAGUAAAA